AUGAAAGGCUUUGAAUCACUUUCUAAACCCUUAAAACCUCGAUCAGAAGUUAACGUACAUACAAUACAUCCAACACUUGAACAAAAACCACGUUCAAAAUAUAAUGUACCAGAUUGGUUUAAUCAUAAUUAUGCUAUUUCACACGAUGCAGAACGUAGUCGAAAUGUAUCACAUCAAGUACGACAAGAUGGUCGAAGAUUAAUCAAUGAAACAUAUAAUGAAUCAUGGUGGAAUAAACAUGAUAAUGAUGUACGUAUUUCGGAUCGUCUUGAUGAAAUUGAUAAAUGGCGUAAAACACUUGAAUAUACAAUUCAAGAUAUUGAUCGUGAAAUUCAAGCUAUUCAAACAACUAAACAACAAUGCGAACGUUAUUUAGAACAUAUGCGAAGUCCAUUAGAUGUUGCAUUGGAAAAUCAUGUGACACGUGAUGGACGUAAGUAA